CUUUCGUGGAGUAGUUUCGUUUAUAUAAUUCCUACUAGCAAGUAACAACUUUUCUAGUUCCCAACGAUUUAAACUAACAAAUAAAUCUCUGCUUAACUUUUAGAUAUAGCUAUCCACCUAUCAAUGAUAAGAUUUAGAGACGAAAGGUUAUGAAUUAAUUAGAGGAUCGGAUUUGAUCAGAAGCGGCUGGCUAGCAAAAAGAGUUUGACAAUUUAGUGUCAAAUGGAUCGAGGUGGUCUGGAGAUGGAGAGGACAGGUUCACGUGACAAUGAUGAGGUCCCGAGAAACGUGGGGAGGAAGAGAAGAAAGUGGUGGGAUGAAUGGAAGAAGAUGUGGGAGAUAGCUGCGCCGGCCAUUCUCACAGCGGUGGCGCAGUUCUCCUUUGGAUUUGUCACGGUGGCUUUUGUCGGCCAUCUCGGAGCUAUUGAACUCGCUGCCGUCUCCAUUGUUCAGAGUGUCAUCGAAGGCUUCGUGUAUGGUGUCAUGCUAGGAAUGGGAAGUGCACUAGAGACUCUGUGUGGGCAAGCAGUGGGUGCAGGGCAGUAUGAAAUGCUUGGAGUGUACAUGCAAAGAUCAUGCAUUAUCACUUUAUUCACAGCCUUACUGCUGACCCCUUUCUACGUCUUCACAUCCCCAUUACUAGAGCUUCUUCGCCAAAGCAGAGACAUUUCAGAGCUCGCCGGGAAAUAUGCAAAAUGGGUCAUUCCUCAACUGUUUGCUUACGCAUUAAACUUCCCAGUCCAAAAAUUCCUCCAAGCUCAGAGUAAAAUCUGGGUAAUCACAGUGAUAAACAUCCUCGUACUGGCAUUUCAUGUUGUCUUGAAUUGGGUGCUUGUAACAAAGCUUGGAAAGGGACUGUUUGGCGCCGCCAUGGCAGGAAAUAUAUCAUGGUGGAUUGCGGUUAUAGCUCAAAACAUAUAUGUUGUUUCUGGUUCCUUCCCCGAGGCAUGGACUGGGUUUUCAACGUCAGCUUUCAAAGCACUCUCUGGUUUUCUGAAGCUCUCACUUGCCUCAGCUGUGAUGCUAUGCUUAGAGUUGUGGUACUACACAGUGGUGAUCCUCAUGGUUGGCAGGUUGAAGAAUCCUGAAAUUGCAGUAGAUGCCAUAUCUAUCUGGUUUACCCUUUUGAUCUGGUCUGCCACAGCAUGAAUCUGCAACUCUGGACGUUGAUGAUCACUUUAGGCUUCAAUGCAGCAAUCAGUGUGCGAGUCUCGAACGAACUUGGAGCAGGGCAUCCAAAAACUGCAAAAUUUGCAAUUGUGGUGGCCAUAGUCACAUCAGCAGUGUUUGGGGUUCUGUUUACAACUGCAGUGCUUGCAACGGAAAAUAACUUCCCAAGGCUAUUUUCUGAUAAACCCGAAGUCAUAAAAGAGACAUCCAAACUAGCACACUUCUUAGCAGUAACCAUCCUCCUCAACAGCAUCCAACCCGUGCUCCAUGGGGUUGCAGUUGGUGCAGGGUGGCAAUAUUCAGUUGCGAUUAUAAACAUAGGUUGCUAUUACAUAGUGGGUCUUCCUUUAGGAGGUUUGCUUGGCUACAAAGCAAAGCUUGGUGUGAAAGGAAUUUGGAUGGGAAUGUUAGCCGGUACAAUACUUCAAACUGUCAUUCUUGUACUGAAACUGUUACUGGCCAACUGGAAUAAAGAGGCAGUCCAAGCCGAAGAGCGUAUCAGAUCACAUGCCAAUGUAACUCUGCCAGAAAAUAGAGAACAAAUCUGAUUUUCAUCACAGAGCAGUCCAGUGAGAUCAAAUAUUGUUCAAUUGGUUAGAAAAUAAAAUAUACAUCAUAUACAGCAAGAAAUCUAUUGCAUUACAAUCAUUAUAAAAAUGUUGAGUUUUAGAACGAGACGUAAGGUCUAUGAGCUGGAAAUUUACCGAUCGAUAAAGGUUGUAAAUGUAUUCUUUGUAUUUUUAAGAGUUUAAAUCAAUACAAAGGCCUAAAGUAUAUGCAGCAACCAUAUGCAGAGGUUCC